AGUGAGAGCCCAAGGACCCCGAGGGGGCACUGUCCCCAAGGGAUAACGCCUCCUGCAGACUGGACGGGAAGGGACAGGAGGGGACAGGAGAAGCCCUUCCCCUCGUCCUGUCCCGGGCCCUCACUCCCAGACCGGCUUUUCCCAGGGAGCUAAAAGCAAGAAAGUAACCUUUAGGAUUAAAAAGAAACGUUUCUUUGUUUGGGUUUUCUUUCUUUCUUGUUUUUUCCCCUCCCCUAAGCCUCUUUUCACAUCUAGAGUGGCUUUUUCCCUCUUGUUUGGGGGCGGCCGAAAGAGAAGGACCAGGGAAUGUCGACCCAGGGCUCAGGGAACCAGACCUCCUCCGGAGCCGCAGACGACGACUAUGGCAGCUGGUACAUCGACGAGCCCCAGGGCGGCCAGGAGCUCCAGCCGGAGGGGGUGGUACCCUCCUGUCACCCCAGUGUGCCACCCGGCCUCUACCACGCCUGCCUAGCCGUGUUGUCGAUCCUCGUGUUGCUGCUGCUGGCCAUGCUGGUGAGGCGCCGCCAGCUCUGGCCCCACUGUGGGCACGGCAGGCCCGGGCUGCCCAGCCCUGUGGAUUUCUUGGCUGGGGACAGGCCCCGGACCGUGCCUGCUGCUGUCUUCAUGGUCCUCUUCAGCUCCCUGUGUUUGCUGCUCCCCACUGAGGACCCACUGCCCUUCCUGACCCUCGCCUCACCACUUGGCCAAGAUGGGGACACUGAGACUCCAAGAGGGCCCUGGAAGAUUCUGGCCCUGCUCUAUUACCCUGCCCUCUACUAUCCCCUGGCUGCGUGUGCCACAGUCAGGCAUGGAGCCGCCCACCUGCUUGGCAGUGUGCUGGCCUGGGCUCAUCUGGGGGUCCAGGUCUGGCAGAGGGCAGAGUGCCCCGAAUCGCCCAAGAUCUACAAGUACUACUCCCUGUUGGCCUCCCUGCCUCUCCUUCUGGGCCUCGGGUUCCUGAGCCUUUGGUACCCGGCGCAGCUGUUGAGAAGCUUCAGUCACGGGGCAGCAGCGGGCUCUAAGGGGCUGCAGAACUGCUACUCUGAAGAAUAUCUGAGGACCCUCCUUUGCCACAAGAAGCUGAAAAGCAGCUCCCACUCCUCCAAGCACGGCUUCCUGCCCCGGGCCUGGACCUGCUUCAGACACUACACCUACACACCACAGCAAGGAUUUCGACUCCCCCUGAAGCUGGUGCUUUCAGUCACCCUGACAGGGACGGCCAUCUACCAGGUGGCUUUGCUGCUGCUGGUGGGCGUGGUACCCACCAUCCAGAAGGUGAGGGCGGGGAUCACCACUGACGUCUCCUACCUGCUGGCUGGCUUUGGGAUCGUGCUCUCAGAGGACAGGCAGGAGGUGGUGGAGCUGGUGAAGCACCACCUGUGGGCUCUUGAAGUUUGCUACAUCUCAGCCUUGGUCCUGUCUUGCUUACUCACCUUCCUCAUGCUGAUCCGCUCGCUGGUGACACACAGGACCAACCUGCAAGCUCUGCACCGAGGCUGCGCCCUGGAUCUGGGCCCCCAGCUCCAGAGCCCCCGUCCCUCUCGUCAGGCCAUAUUCUGUUGGAUGAGCUUCACCGCCUACCAGACUGCUUUCACCUGCCUUGGGCUCCUGGUGCAGCAGAUCCUCUUCUUCUUGGGGACCUUGGCCCUCGCCUUCCUGGUGUUCAUGCCCGUGCUCCAUGGCAGGAACCUUCUGCUCCUCCGAUCCUUGAAGUCUUCGUGGCCCUUCUGGUUGACCUUGGCCCUGGCUGUGACCCUACAGAACAUGGCAGCCCACUGGGUCUUCCUGGAGACUCACCAUGGACGCCCAGAGCUGACCAACCGGCGAGCCCUGUCCGCAGCCACCUUCCUUCUCUUCCCCAUCAACAUGCUCGUGGGCGCCAUGGUGGCUGCCUGGCGAGUGCUCCUCUCUGCCCUUUACAACGCCGUGCACCUUGGCCAGAUGGACCUCAGCCUGCUGCCACAUAGAGCUGCCACUCUCGACCCUGGCUACCGUACCUACUGCAACUUCUUGAAGAUGGAGGUCAGCCAGUCGCAUCCAGCCUUGACAGCCUUCUGUGCCCUGCUCCUGCGAACUCAGAGGCCCCAGCCCCGCACGGCCCCCCAGCAUGGUCUUGGACCAGAGGAGGAAGAGGAAGGGAUGCAGUUGCUUCAGACCAAGGACCCGAUGUCCAAGAGAACAGGGCCCAGGGCCCAUCGAGGCAGGGCCCGCUGGGGUCUGGCGUACACGCUGCUGCACAACCCAGCCCUGCAGGCCUUCCGGAAGACAGCCCUAUCAGGUGCCCGGGCCAAUGGCGCCCAGCCCUGAAGGUGGGGAAGGCCAUGCCACCAUGCCCUCGCCCGUGCUGAGGUGUUUUCCCUCCUCCCGGCCCACUCCCUCUCUGGCUCUCUCAGCAUCAUCAUCACUCCAGCCAUGACCACCUCUCUGCUUGGCACCAGCUCCGCAGGUCCUAGGGAUUCAGGGCUGCCGGGGGUUGCCAUGGUUGGGUGGAGGUCUGUCAGCACUAUAAGUCUUGGGAAGGAUCUGGUCUGCCCCUUUGACCUUGGGAAGCCAGCGAGGGCUCUGGAGAAAGCCAGGGGAGGUUUGGGCCUUUGGUCCAGGAGUCAGUGGAAGGAGGGCAGCCACAUCCAGGCGUCCCCAGCCCCUGGCUCUGCCACCAGCCUCCAGGCUUCCUCAAGGCCUCCUGCCUGUGGUUGGUGAUUUCGGCUGGGACAGACUUGCGUUCCAGCUUGGCCCGCUCAGACUUGGACCUCACCACGGUGACCCGACACAGCGCGUCCUCUCUCCUGACCUCUCCCUUCUCUUCUGGGGGGGGGGCCUCGUGGCCAGCAAGGCAGCCCCGGGAGGAAGCCAUGGGCUUCUACCCAACAGCGAGGAGUCAGGACUCAAACCAGGCCCCACACCGAGCUGCCCACAUUUGAGAGCCUGAUAUUUUUGUAGUUUGUAUGCCUUUAGAUACUAUGAAAGAGGUCAGUGUGUUCGCUGUAAUAAACUUGUCCCUAAGAAA